UCCAUCAUUGGUAUCAGUGGCAGGAAUUGCGCCCCAUCAUUGGUGUCAGUGGGAGGAAUAGCGCCCCAUCAUUGGUAUCAGUGGCAGGAAUUGCGCCCCAUCAUUGGUGUCAGUGGGGAGAAUAGUGCCCCAUCAUUGGUAUCAGUGGGGAGAACAGUGCCUCAUCGUUGGUGUCAGUGGGGGAGGAACAGUGCCUCAUCGUUGGUGUCAUGUGGGAGGAAUAGUGCCCCAUCAUUGGUGUCACUGACACCAAUGAUGGGGCACAAUUCCUCCCACUGACACCAAUGAUUGGGCACUAUUCCUCCCACGGACAACAAUGAUGGGGCACUAUUCGUACCACUGAUACCAAUAAUGGGGCACUGUUCCUCCCACUGACACCAAU